GUCGAAGAAUGACGCUGCUUAGCCUUUGGCUCGACGACGGGUCUGGUCUUGCCCUUCCUCUCCGCACCCACCUACGUACUCUCUAUGCACCCACACGCGACGCACUGCUGCUCGCCGCUGUCUGGCGCAAACGCCACCUACAAGUAGAUAGCCCAGAUACGCUACACCCACAUCCCGCUCUCCUUCCCCAUCCAAGACUGGAACACGGAUUGCGUGCUGCACCACGCAACCGUCAUCAACCAUCUGAGCCCAUCCCUCUGCCAUCCACGAUCCGAUCCAUUGCGUUUCCUGCUGAGCCUGCCGAUCGCUUCCGGACCGCCGAAGACGAGGGUUAAGGCACGAGCGGGAAAGACGAGGCGCAUUUUGUACCGCCUCUUCCGUUCCGUCCACUGGCGCCUGCCCGCCCAGAAGCUCAAGCAAACGAGUACGCGUACACGGCGCAUCGCCAUCGUUCCUUCCUUCAUAUAAAGCUCCUCCGCCUUUCCCCCCCGGUCGCCGUUGCCGUUGCCAGAGCGACCUCGCUCUCCGCUCUUUCUCUUCGCUGCCUCCGCCGCCGCUGCCGCCGCCACUUCCAUCACCAUUACCGUCCUCCCACCUGAACGAGCGUAGGGAGGAAAGAGAAUGAGCACGCUCCAGGACUUCGAGACGUUCGACACGGCAGAUCUAGCAAGCAAUGGCUUCCCAACGCUGGCCAAUAUGGCGGUUUUCGACGUCUAUAAGCACGCUGCCGCAGCGAACCAGAACUUGCCGCCGCACUCGUCCCAUCCAAACUUUGGACAUCUGACUCUUCUGGUCUUCCAGGCCGUGCUCGAGGUUGUCUUCGUCGCUCUGCCCGGCUUCAUUGUGGCCAGGCAAGGCAUGUUCGACGCCGAAGCCCAGAAGUUCGCCGCCAACCUGAAUGUGCAGCUUUUUACUCCAUGUCUGAUUUUCUACAAGCUCGCCAGCCAGCUGAGGCGCGAGGAUCUACCUGGCCUCGCCCUCAUCCCGGUUAUCUUCGUUGUCCAGACCAUCGUCUCCUAUCUGUGCGCCAGGGGAGUCUCCUGGUUCUGCGGCUUCAAGAAGCGCCCCCGCAACUUCGUCAUUGCCAUGGCUGUUUUCGGAAACUCGAACUCUCUACCCAUCUCGCUCGUUACGUCACUCGCCUUUACCAUCAAGGGCUUGCAUUGGUCCAAGGAACCGCAUGACAACGAUGCAUCUGUCUCGUCAAGAGGUAUCACAUACCUAGUGCUGUUCCAGCAACUGGGACAAUUGCUGCGCUGGAGCUGGGGCUACCGCGUUUUGCUGGCGCCGCCCGAGAUGUAUAAGGAGGAGGAUGAACUGGAGCGGGAGCACAGAUAUGCGAGACUAGAGGGCGGGCGGUACAGAGACGACGUGGAUGGUGACGAGGAUUCCGUUAACAACACACGUCUCAUUGACUACAGUGAUGACGAAGAGAUCACACCCGACGCGUCCAUGCACAACCUAUCCAAGUCUUCGAUGUCAGCUUUGAACACACCCUUCGAGUCUGGCGCCGCAACCCCGAUGAAUAGGAAGACAUACGCAAGUUCUGUGUCGACAUGCUCGACAUGCGAAGGCGAGCACAGCCGGCUUGACCUCAAUGCACAUGCGAACACAUUCUCAACUGUAUCUGCAAACGGCGUACUCGAAGACCACGACAACCUGCCAGACGGGCGCACAACUCCCACUCGACCGCACAAAUCACAUCACCAUUGGCCCGCACUCAUAGAGACCGAGUCCGUCGAGGAUGGGGAUUCAAGCUUCAAAGCGAGCUGCAAAAAAGCACUCAGGAAGUGCAGGAAGCAGACGGCAAAGAUGACCUCAAAGGUUAGCGACGUCUCAAGUGAGGCCUUUUCGCUCCUUCCGAGGCCGCUCCAGCGCUUUUUGCGCAAUCUCGGUGUCGCUGUUUGGGAAAAUCUCAACCCUCCGCUCGUCGCCAUGAUUGCCGCUCUUCCCGUCGUUCUCAUUCCCCAACUCAAGCACCUCCUAUUCGAGGUCGAAUUCUUCGAGCACAGUCUGACACGUGCCAUUAAGCAAUCUGGCGAUGUCGCUGUGCCACUUAUCAUCGUCGUAUUGGGGGCCAAUCUCGCGCGCAACACGCUUCCAAAGGAGGAAGGCACCCCUUCGGACGAGGAUCCAAAGUUUGAGCGCAAGCUGCUCAUCGCGUCACUUGUGGCCAGAAUGCUACUCCCAAUGCUCGUCAUGGCACCUAUACUGACGUUGACGGCUAAGUUCUUACCCGUGAACAUCUUGGGCGACCCGAUCUUCAUCAUCGUAUGCUACUUGCUCGCAGGCGCACCAAGCGCUCUCCAGCUUGCCCAAAUCUGUCAAAUAAACAACGUGUACAUGGGCACAAUGACACGCCUGCUUUUCCACAGUUACGUCAUAUGGAUCCUUCCUUCAACGCUUGUGCUUGUUAUGUUGGCUCUGGAAACUCUCGAGUGGGCAAACGCUUGAGUUGAUCGACGUUUGUUAGGCAGCCAUAUUGGGACGACCAAAUUGUGUAUAUUGUAAAACCUAUACUGGAUGCUUCACUUCCAUUCAAUGACAUAUAUGGGCUUAGCGAGGCGUUCUUUUUCUUCGUACUGAGAAAUAUCACAUGUUUGUACAUGGAAAGCACGGGGCUUUGACUACGCCCUGGAUCGGGAAAUGAUCGGGAAGUAUACACUUAGACGGGUUCGAGUUUGGAAGGGGAAGGUGGAACAAUACGGAACUGUUAGAGUUCUUUGUCUGUCUAAACCGUGAUAUCCAUAUAUGAGUUUCAAUCCAAAAGUGGAAUUUUACUGCCUCAACA